AAAAUAAAGGAAGAAUUAGCGGGGAAGAGAUAGUGAGCAACUGCCAACUCAGCAAUCUCACUCUUCUUCUUUCUCCCUCCUCUGUAUCCGCGUCUUUCUCUCUCAUAUUCACUCUCCUCACAUCUUCCCGGCGAUUCUGAAGCUGACUACCGACACAGAUUUUUUAGGGUUUUCUCUCUCCAUUUUUCCCCCAAAUCUCGUCGGAUCUUUUCAUUCAAUCAAUUCAUUUACUUCUCACUUUACUUUAAUGCUACUACAUUUUCAUCAUCACUCUUAAUUCUCACUGAUUGAAUUAUCUUUUACUCCGAUUUCUUUGAUUUUUCGUUUUCUCUCGAUUUGAUUUGAGAAGAAAGUGGAACAACAAUGGUGAAUCCUGGUCCUGCUUCACCUGGCCAGGUAACAUUUCUCCUUGGACUUGUUCCAGUCCUUGUAGCAUGGGUAUAUUCUGAAUUUUUGCAACACAGAAAAAAGUCCACCAUCUCCAAAGAGCGUUCUGAGAUUAAUCUGGCCGAGGUUAGAAAUAAUGCAAUCAAGGAAGAUGAGAAGGAUGUUUUGCUGGAAGGUGGAGGCGUGCAGCCAGUGUCUUCAGGAACUCGAUAUGAAUCUCUUGUGCAUCAUAUUUCAAGGUUUCUUUUAAUGGAUGAGACUUUCUUGCUUGAUAAUCGGUUGACAUUGAGAGCCAUGUCUGAGUUUGGUCUCCUUAUGGCUUACUUUUACUUCUGUGACCGCACAAAUCUUUUUGGUGAAUCUAAAAAGAAUUAUAAUCGAGAUCUGUUCCUGUUCCUCUACUUUCUACUUAUCAUUGUUGCAGCUGUUACAUCAUUCACAAUACAUAAGGAUAAAUCACCAUUCUCUGGAAAAUCUAUUCUUUAUUUGAAUAGGCAUCAAACUGAAGAAUGGAAAGGUUGGAUGCAGGUCUUAUUUCUGAUGUAUCACUAUUUUGCUGCUAAUGAGGUUUAUAAUGCUAUUCGCAUUUUCAUUGCUGCAUACGUAUGGAUGACUGGAUUCGGAAACUUCUCCUAUUAUUACAUCCGCAAGGAUUUUAGCCUAGUGAGGUUUGCUCAGAUGAUGUGGCGGCUCAAUUUCUUGGUGAUAAUUUCUUGCGUUGUCCUGAACAACAGUUAUAUGCUGUAUUACAUAUGCCCAAUGCAUACUCUCUUCACUCUUAUGGUUUAUGGUGCACUUGGUAUCAUGCAUAAGUAUAAUGAGAUUGGAUGGGUUAUGGCUGCAAAAUUUGGUGCUUCUUUUUUAACUGUGAUACUGAUUUGGGAAAUACCUGGGGUGUUUGAACUGAUCUGGAGCCCAUUCACUUUUUUUCUUGGUUAUGAUGAUCCAGCAAAACCAAAUCUUCCUGCCUUGCAUGAAUGGCAUUUUCGUUCGGGGCUUGAUCGCUACAUAUGGAUAGUUGGAAUGAUAUAUGCUUAUUAUCAUCCCACGGUUGAGCGGUGGAUGGAGAAAUUGGAAGAAGCAGAAGUGAAAAGGAGGAUAGCUAUUAAAGCUGCUGUCGUGAUGAGCUCUUUGUCGGUAGGGUACCUCUGGUUUGAGCAUGUAUACAAACUGGAUAAGAUUACAUACAAUAAAUUUCACCCUUACACCUCGUGGAUCCCAAUUACUGUCUACAUAUGCUUGAGGAACGUUACCCAGCAAUUCCGAGGCUACUCUUUAACACUUUUUGCAUGGCUUGGCAAAAUAACAUUGGAGACUUACAUCUCACAGUUUCACAUAUGGCUAAGAUCUGGUGUGCCUAAUGGACAACCCAAGCUAUUGCUGUCUUUUAUCCCAGAUUACCCAAUGCUGAACUUCAUGCUUGUUACUAGCAUAUAUGUGGCUGUUUCAUAUAGGCUAUUUGAAUUGACUAACACACUAAAAGUGGCAUUUCUUCCAAGCAAAGAUGAUAAAAGGCUAACAUACAACAUAGUUGCAGCUUUGGCCAUCUCUUUUAUUCUCUACACACUGUCACUAAUGCUGCUGAAAGUCCCCCAAAUAAUGGUGUGAUUUGAGGGAUGUAAAUAUAGUGUAGAAGCCUGCAAAGUCCAAGUCUCCUCAAGUUGCUAGACAUUGAGAUUUACACAGUAUCGGGAAAAAAACAUGGUUGAAAUAGAGGCUCCAGACAAUGCUAUAGGCGUUUGUAUCCCCUACAGAACUGUAUCCAAGUCUUCGGGUCUGCUGUAUAGGAGUAAGCUAAAAGAUUGGUGAAAAUGUGCUUGCAAGAAAAUAUGUUUAUCAUUCAAUUUUUGGCCAUUCUUUGAUAUAUACUUCCAAACUCAGAUAAUGUAAAAUUGCUAAAUAUUAGCAACUAGUUGAUCAGAUAUACCAAUUAGUAGAUUGAAUUCUAGAUGUAAAACUGUAACACGGGAAAUUGAUUGGGCCAUGCAUUCAGAGUUAAACAAUUUAGAUGCCCUAAUGGAUGGAUUCUUGCAUUUA